UUCUUGUAAUUACUCACCAAAUAAGUUUUACUAGUUUUGAUACGGGGGAAAAGGAGGAAGAUGAGAAUUUUGAAGUGUUAGAGUUCGCUAUCGAAGAUGAGAAGUUCGGUCACGAUGAUAUUGAUGAAAUGCAAGAAGAUUUAACUGCAGUUCGAAAAGAUUUUAGGGAAUCCUGGUUAUUUCGGGACACUGUAAUAGGGAGCGACGGUACAGCAGUUGUAAAUGCAACACUACCAGAUACCAUCACAACAUGGGUAAUACAAAGUAUAAGUUUGUCUAAUAUAGGUGGGUUCUGCGUAUCUACCCCGACUGAAAUCGUAUCAUUUAAGAAUAUUUUUCUUCGUUUAAAUAUCCCAUAUUCUGUAGUCCGUAAAGAAAAACUAGAAAUUAAAGCUACCGUAUAUAAUUAUUAUUCUGAACAAAUUCCGGUGAUAGUUUAUAUGUACGGAGUGGCCCACCUUUGCUCUGGAAUAGAACCUGGAAAGAAAAGUGAACGUAAGAGAAUAACAGUCGAAGCUAAUUCUGCUGAAACUGUGAGAUUUCCUGUUGUUCCUAUGAAGGCAAAGAAAUACACUAUUCGUGUUGUAGCCUUAAGUCCUGUCGGUUCUGAUGUCGUCGUGAAGAAAUUAAAUGUAGUGUCCGAAGGUGUCGUGAAGGAGAAAGAUAUAGUAAUUUUCUUGGAUCCUACAAAUAAGCAAAAAAGAAAACGCAGACAUUUAAUUACGGAAAGAAUUUCGGAUUUCAUUGAUGAAUCAGAAAAUUUUCAAAUUACAAAAAUUAAUCUUCAACCAAACCCAAAUUACAUUGCUGAUUCAGAAAAAUGUAUUGUCUCUAUGGUUGGUACAGAAUAUGGUCCAAGUGUCGAAUCUGUGCUUAUCGAUCCAGAAAAUUUAAUAAGAAUGCCCACAGGCUGUUGCGAGCAGACAAUGAUGUACAUGGGUCCAACGCUUUAUACGUUAUAUUUCUUGAAAAGUAGAGGAAGUAUCAACAAAGAACUUGAAGAAAAACUUUACGAUUUUAUUAGAAUUGGUUACAAAAGAGGAUUAAGCUUUAGAAAAUAUGAUGGAUCUUAUUCACUUUGGCCUCAUAGGCCUUCAAGUACAUGGUUAACGGCCUACGUGAUGAAAAUAUUUUCUCAAGCCAGCAAAUAUAUAUUUGUUGAUAAGUUUGUAAUUUGUAGAGGCACAUCUUGGUUACUUUCGCAACAAGGACUCGAUGGUGGAUUUCAAGAUUCAAAUCCUGUCAUCAGAAAAGAUAUUAUGGAUGGAGAAAACGGUAAAAUUGCAUUGACUGCCUUUGUUCUAAUUGCCCUUCAAGAAAGUACUUGUUCAGAUAGAUUAUUAUCUAUAUCUCGUUUCAUGGCAAAAUUAUUUCUGGAAAAUGAAUACUCGAAGGUAAAUGACACAUAUACAAUGGCAUUAGUAGCUUAUGCUCUAGCGUUAACCAAUAGUAAUGAAAAAUUUAAAGCAAAUGAGAAACUAUUGCUAAUGUCAACAUUUGAUGAAGAAAUGAAUUACAGAUAUUGGCAACAGUAUACGAAAACUCAGUCUAUAGAAGUUACUGCUUACGGUCUUCUUACACAAGUAAAAUUAGAUGAUUUGUCUAACAGUCAAUCUAUUGUUAACUGGUUGAACAAAGAACGACUUUACGGAGGUAGUUUUCCGUCAAGUCAGUCUACUGUCAUUGCAUUGCACGCAUUGUCGAAUUACUUAGUGAAGUCCAAAUCAGAAGAUAUUUCUUUGUCGUGCAAUUUCACAUCUGAAGAAGAUGGUAAAUUUUUGAAAGAUGUAGAAAUCAACAAUAACAAUGCUCUUGUCUUACAAAACUUUCUGAUUAACAAUCCCAGUGACACUUUGUCUUUGCAUACUACUGGAAAAGGAAUUGGCGUUUUAUCUAUGAAAUUAAAAUAUAAUGUAUUAGAAGAAACAGAUAAACUUUGCAAGUUUGAAACCACAAUCGAUUUAUCAAAUAUUAAAAAAUCAAGUCAGUAUGCAAAAAUAUUCAAUGAAAGUGAAAUCAAAGAUCAAGAAAAUGACGUAAAUAAAUCUGGCACUAUCAACGAUUCAGAACUUUCUCUUCGAAACGUAACUGAAGUUAAAAUUUGUACUCGAUUUUUAUCUAAUAAAAAUUCUGAAAUGACCAUCAUCGAGUUUGGAAUUGUAAGCGGUUUCAACGCCAUCAAAGCUGAUUUGGACAAAUUGGUGAAAGACAAUAGCAAUCCUGUCGAUAGAUACGAAAUUGCUGAUAAACGGAUAAUAUUUUACCUGGAUCACGUUUCAUACCAGAAAGACACGUGUUUAAGGUUCAAAACGAAAAGGGAUUACAUUGUUGAAAAUCUCCAAGCAUCUGUUGUUAAGAUUUACGAAUAUUAUAAUAAUGACAAUUCCUGCACUAUAACUUAUGGUCCUGAUUCCAAGAGUAAACUAAAAAAUCCAGUCUGUGAAGGAAUACUCUGCCAAUGUGACGAAGAAGGAUUGAUAAAAGACAAAGUUGUAUAAAAUUAUUUCUAUAACAAUAUUAUCCAAUAUUUCAUUUCAUUCAAUUAAAGAGACUUUCAUACUUGAUAUAUAUUUUUGUAGUUUUUAUAUUGU